UUUUACCCUGAAAGACGCGUCGGAUUAUUCUUGUGUGGUAUUUUGUUUUCCAAUAGCAGAGAUGCCACUUGUGAAACUUUGAAAAGAAAAACAAACUAACAUGUGCCUGAACGCUGUUUUCAUGUUACUGAGGGAAUAAACGUCAGAUGGAUUUUACACGCCGGGUUCUGGACGAAGAGACUGGAGAUUUUUAUGCUCACUUUAAACAUUAAUUUGUUUCCUCACAUUUCCCUGGACAGCUUUUACUUUCUUUUUUUUUCACCGACCGCCAGUCUCAUAAUGCGACUUUUUCUGGCGUCUGCAACCUGUCGAGAGCAAACGAGGCUGGUAAAAAUGUUACAAGGUCGUUAAAUUUAUUGGAACAUGACCACCGGAGAUGAACUUUCUCCGUAAUGAUUGCAGGAGCUCUGGUGAAUGAUUGACAGCAGCUCGGCGUGGCUCUCUGUGGAACUUUAUGGACAAACUGGAUUUGCCAACUUGUUUGGUUUGAAUCAUUAAGAGGCUGAAAGGAGCAGAAUGAAACUCUGGUCCUGAUUCAUUCAGCAGGAAAAUAAAGUUUUCAUCCAGGUUUCUGAGAUGAACUGAAGCUGCUUUUUCCUUGUGGUGGAAAGCUUCCAAUUAUAUGUUUCUUGUUUUAGUGACUCUAUAUUAAUAUCUCUUCACACAUUUCUAUAUGGCAUCUACGGUGAGGCACGCGCCGUGCAACCCGUUGUUCGUGCUGCUGCUGCUGCUGCUCCGGUGUCCUAGUCUCACGUUAGCAGCCUCCAAGGAUCUGGUGUGUGAGCCUAUAACUGUGCCCAUGUGCAGGGGCAUCGGCUACAACCUGACUUACAUGCCCAAUCAGUUCAACCAUGACACCCAGGAGGAGGUGGGGUUGGAGGUGCACCAGUUCUGGCCCCUGGUCCGGAUCCGCUGCUCUCCAGAUCUGCUCUUCUUCCUGUGCAGCAUGUACACCCCGAUCUGCCUGCCAGACUACCGCAAGCCGCUGCCACCCUGCCGGUCCGUGUGUGAACGGGCCAAACGAGGCUGCUCUCCUCUGAUGAGCCAGUACGGCUUCGAGUGGCCCGAGAGGAUGAGCUGUGAACAGCUGCCCCAGCUGGGCGACGAGACCCUGUGCAUGGACCAGAACAGCAGCGAGACCACUACCCUGGCUCCACCGUUUCCAAAGCCAACCCCUAAAGGCCGGACCAGACCACCCAGCCCCCCGCAGUGUGACAGGGAGUGCCGCUGUCGAGACCCCCUGGUCCCCAUCAAAAGGGAGUCCCACACUCUGUACGGCCAGGUCCAGACCGGCCCCCUACCAAACUGUGCCCAGCCCUGCCAUCAACCCUACUUCUCAGCCGACGAACGCGCCUUCACCACCUUCUGGGUGGGACUCUGGUCGGUGCUGUGCUUCAUCUCCACCUUGACCACUGUCGCCACCUUCCUCAUUGACAUGGAGCGCUUCAAGUACCCAGAGAGGCCCAUCAUCUUCCUGGCUGCUUGCUACCUCUUCGUGUCUUUGGGUUACAUCAUCCGCCUGGUGGCAGGUCAUGAGCGGGUGGCUUGUGGCGCCAGCAGCAGUGUUGGUGGCGAUCAGCUGCACAUCCUCUACGACACCACUGGCCCCGCUCUCUGCACCCUGGUCUUCUUGUUGGUGUAUUUCUUUGGCAUGGCCAGCUCCAUCUGGUGGGUGGUGCUGUCCUUCACCUGGUUUCUGGCUGCAGGGAUGAAGUGGGGCAGCGAGGCCAUCGCAGGAUACUCUCAGUAUUUCCACCUCGCCGCCUGGCUCAUCCCUAGCGUCAAGACCAUCGUCGUCCUGGCUCUCAGCUCUGUGGACGGGGACCCUGUGGCUGGAAUCUGCUACGUGGGGAACCAGAGUCUGGAGAAUUUGAGGGGAUUCGUACUCGCACCUCUCGUGGUUUACCUCUUCACCGGCUCACUUUUCUUACUUGCCGGCUUUGUUUCUCUCUUCCGCAUCAGGAGCAUCAUCAAGCAAGGUGGCACCAAGACCGACAAACUGGAGCGGCUGAUGAUCCGCAUCGGGCUCUUCACAGUGCUGUACACCGUCCCCGCCACCAUCGUGGUGGCCUGCCUGGUCUAUGAGCAGCACUACCGGCCCGGCUGGGAGCGAGCUUUGGCCUGCUCCUGCCCGUCUGAGCGCCAGCGCUCGGGCGUGGGCCCAGACUACGCCAUCUUCAUGGUUAAGUACUUGAUGUGCUUAGUGGUGGGCAUCACCUCAGGAGUCUGGAUUUGGUCAGGAAAAACCCUAGAGUCUUGGAGGAGGUUUGGGGCUCGAUGCUGCCCCUGCUGGCUGCAGAAAGCCACUGCUCCACCCUCCAUAUACAGUGAGGCCAGUACUGCUUUAACUGGACAUACUGGAACUGGACUGACGUCAGGGAUCUACCAUAAAGCUGCUCCAUUGCAUAUAUGAGCUGACUGGCACAGUUAAGAAGACUGACGUUCAUGCAGUCACCUCUAAGGACACUCAGAAAUAUAAACUAAAGUAUCCAAACACCCAGAAUUUAAGUGCCGACAAACAUCUGCUGGACUUGUGCAUCAUUGUGCUCUGAAUUUCACAGAAACUAGACAAUUGUGACAAUAUUAAAAACAAUGGAGCAAACGAUUCAAAGCGUUCAAUGGGAACAAUUUAAAAUCUGGGAAAAAGCAAUUUUAACAAAAGAGAGUCUGACUUUUGUGAAAAGUGACUCCAACAAUGGAAACUGCUUUUCUAAGUGACAUUUACUGAGAAAACAAUCUUAAAACCCCACAGAGUAACAUGGAUCCAUGACGGAAUCACGGAUGCUUCUUCCCAUCUGCUUAUCCUGAGCACUGAGACAGAAAAAACAUAUUUAUUUAUGUAUAUAUUGUACAAACGUGCUGUAAAAAAUGUUGGUGUAAAGUGUGAUAUGUUUAGUUUGUAACCAACCAUUGCCACUGCCACGAGCUAAGUGUAAGACACCAGAGAAACUAAUCUUGUCUGAUUUGAAUUAUGUAUAAACCUGUACAUAAAUGUGCUGUUUCAUGUCAAUGUUUGAGUGUGAUAUCUGGUGUGUUUUGUAUGAUUACAAACUGAAACAGUGCUGAAAAACUGUCCUUGUUUAGGUUUGCUCAGACUUGUAAGUCAUUUUUAGGAAUUCAGUCUUUCUCUAAAGUCUGUUUCUGAAUUAGUUGCAUUCAUGUUGUGUGAACUAUAUGGAGGUGAUCAAGUUAAAGCUGCAGGAUGAAACUGACCUUGGCUUUUACCCCCAUCUGCUGGUUGACAGCAGAGUUGCUCACUUUAUGAUCUCCGCAUGAGGGACUCCCCUUAAUAGAUCAACAUUAGACCACAGACCGUCAGUCGAAUAAGAAUCUGUACCAAAACUGUGUAAAAAAAUAAAUAAGGUGGUGGUUACAGUGAAAUCUACUAUUGGAAUAGUUAUUUAAUCUCAACUCUUUAUGAUGACUGCUUAUUCAAUUCUGCUGUGGACUCCCAGUUACCGACUAAAAGAGACUUUUCAUGCCAUGGACUCCUAACAGACAGAUGCUGUGUUCAUAGACUGAGAUUUGUUUAAUAAUUAUUCUAUUCAUCGAUUGGAAGAUUGACUGAAAAGUAACAAGCAACAAUGUUUAUAAUCGACUAUUAUUAAACUGAUUAAAAGCAGAAAUGCCAAAAUAGCUGAAGGUGACAGACAUUUCUACAAGCAAGACAAAAACCAGCAGAUUAAUUGAUAAUGAAACAUAGGAGGGGGAGCCGAAUCUGAAUGGCUUGUUGAAUCCCAUACUACUAACUAUUACAGACAUCUAUACAGUUGUAUGUAACAAUAUUCUGCAGAAGUGAAGAAAAAAAAUCAAAAUCUGGCACACCUACUGAUAGAAAUAGAUGUUGCCAAGAAAGAGGGGCACUUACAAGGGGUAUCUUACCUUGACACAGCAAGGGGAGUGCAGCCCAUUGUCGAGAAACUGCACGUGGUGUCAAAAUGCAACCCGAAACUGAGACAGCAAAACUUCAAAAAUAAAAGUUGUCUCAGAGUUCAGUGCAAAAUGUCACCAGAAGACGGAAUGUGAACUAAAUAUCCGAGAUUGUUUUCUGCUGUGAUGGUCUGUACUAUUUUCAAUUUCAAUGCUGUUGGCCAAUUGUGUUGUUUAGACUACUGCACGCUAGAUGAUAUCUCUUAAUUUAUUAGUCUGAUUUGUGUAAGUGAAUGUGAUUGUAUGAGUGAUGAUGAAUGGCAGUAAAUGUUGGUAAAAACUGACAUUUAGUAUUUUUUUUUUGUUUAAGCUUAAAUCUGCUUUCCUAUUGAUAGAGUUCCUCAAAGGAUAUAAAAAAAUAUUGUAGAUUUUGAUUAAUAUUGUGAAUUAAAACAGAGUUGAUCUCGAGUUUGGUGCA